CGGGGGGGCGCCGCGCUCCUGGGCGACGGUGGCGUGCAGGCUGGUGCUGUGAUGCGAGUUGGGGGCUGAUCGUCGCUGGAUCGGGAAAUCUGUGUGAAGAAGAGUGCAUUGGAAAACGUAAGGACAAUGCUGAAGCACGUGCAGAUCAACCCGCUGCGGUCCUCGCUGAUGCGGUCUGGCCAGAAGGCGGACACUCUGAGCAUCAACUCCACCAUGAGCUUCAGCUCACUGCACGAGCCGGCUCUGUCGUCUCGCUCCUCCUCCUACACAUCGCUGAACGAGACACAGAGCAGCACGGGCAGCACCAGCGUGCCGGCCACGCCCACGACGACGGUGAAGGUGUACACGCGCUGCCUACGGCCUGACCUCGAGUACAAGACCAUGUGUGUCAAGUACACGACCACGUGCCGAGACGUGGUGGACCAGCUGCUCAACAAAUACCGCAUGAAACACCGCGACCCCAACCUGUUCUUCCUCACCAUGGAGGUGGCCACCAGAAGCACAGGUGCUUCUGUGCGGACGAUCCUGGUGCUGGAUGACGACUCGUGUCCAGCCCAGCUGCAGGCCUGCUACCCGCGCGCCGACUCCAGGUUCACCGUCCGUAUGCGGCACGGAGGCCUGGUCAAGGUGUUCGACAGCGUGCUGAUGGCCGAGUCCCAGUACAAGAGUUUGUUGGUGUCGGAGCGGACGACGCUGGACCAACUGAUUCAACUGCUGCUCAACUGCUACAAAUCUUCGGAGAGCGUCAACUCGUUCUCUCUUUACGAGGUGGGCCGUACAACGGGCUUCGAGCGCAAGCUGCAUCCGGACGACCGUCCGCUGCUCAUACAGCAAGAGUGGGCCUCCAGCAGCGACUACAGCUUCGUGCUGAGGAAGCGGCCGCCGGGCACGCCACGCUCCGGACGGGACUUCCCCCUCAGGCGAUCGUUUCUGCAGUGGAGCAGGAACAAAGAGCUGUGCCGACCUGUUCGGGAGAUGGCGGAAGGGGACGGGCGCCGGGCCAGGAGCUCCCGAACGGCCUCUCUCUCCCUGGCGCCGUGCGCAGACUACGACAACUUCUUCUACAUUUGAGCGCUUCCAAGUUCGCCUGUGUUUGCUGUCAUACCAAAGAGUUUAUACGAUGAAGUGCGGCGAGUCUCCUGCAGCGCCUGCCGCCGCAUCCGAAUCCGGCCUCUGCUGUUGUGCCGGGUCGGAGCCCUCCAUCUGGAGCACGUCCCUUUGACCGGACACCUGCGUUCGGCGCGUUCUCCGUCGAGCGCCGCGUUUAGCGCGUCCUCCGCCGAGCGCCGCGUUCGGCGCGUUCUCCGCCGAGCGCCGCGUUCAGCGCGUCCUUCGCCGAGCGUCACGCUCAGCGCGUUCUCCGCCGAGCGCCGCGUUCAGCGCGUUCUCCGCCGAGCGCAGGGAUCAGCAGCUGCGCGACGAUCGCGCCCAGCCCUGGCGGCGACCUCGGAAGGGUGAAGCAGCAGCCCUGCCGACGUCGGGCGCUGUCAGCUGGUCGUCAGUACCGGUGUCCAGACACGGCCGGGGUGUGACUCCUGAUGUUGCGGUGUGAUCGCGCUGGGCCGGCUGCUCGCGGCCGUUUGUUCGGCCCUCUGGUAGCCCCUGUGGCGUGAUCUGCACCUCGUUGGAUGUCUCCCCGACAGGGCAGUGUAGGGCGUGGUUGACUGGCGCCUUUGGGUGUGCGCGAAUAUAAGAGCCAGACAUGGAAGGAAUAACGGAGAGGAUACGUUUUCCAUUUAUUGACCAUGAAUCAUAAUUUGUCUAUGCCUUACUUUCUAGUCAUAAUGGUAUAUUGUUGUACGUGCUUGGGACGUCAGAAAUAUAUGCCGGUAACGAAAGAG